UGGUCCUGGGUCAUCAAGAUGUUUGUGCGUGGAUGUUGUUGAGAUGACCGACACUACUUGCCACCGCCAAAAGGGGGGGUCUCGCUGUCUCUCCUGAAUGUUGGACUCACGCAACUCACGCAAGAGUUUUGAACGCGACGAGCAGUUAAUCAACUUCGUGGCAGCCUUUGUUUGGUGACUGCUGGAAGACUAGCUGUCGUCUCAGCAUCAGCUAAAGGGAAUCCUUUUAAAUAAACAGAGAAAUAAAACCGCACAGACACUGAGAGGGUUGGUUCUUACAUAUUCACACAUUUGAGGACGUCGAGUCCAUAAAGAUCCAGACCAAGAACUAAGGAGCCCAGAGGUGCAGAUACCACCAUGGAAGUUUUUUUGUCUGUAGGUGAUGAAGAAGACUACACCAUGGACACUAAUUAUUCAACCUAUUAUGACCAAAACGAAGACAUGCAUUACAUGCCUUGCAGCAACAUCGGUUUGAGGGAUUUUGGCGAGGUCUUCCUGCCCACCUUCUACAGUUUGGUUUUCAUCCUUGGCGUCAUAGGCAAUGGUUUAGUGGUGUGCGUUGUGGUGAUGUACCAGAACAAAUUGCAAGACAUGUGGCUCAUCAACCUGGCUGUCUCAGACCUCGUCUUUGUCUUCACGUUGCCUUUCUACGCUCACUACUCCCUGGUGGGUGAAUGGCCUUUUGGAGACAUCUUCUGCCGCUUCGCCUCCGGCUCACAUACCACCGGAUUUUUAAGCAGCAUCUUCUUUAUGGUUGUCAUGACGCUGGACCGCUACAUCAAGGUCUUCUUGGACGUUAACACGGUUGCACGAUAUCGCACUUUUAGGGCAGGCAUCGCUUUGACCGUCUUUGUUUGGACUCUGAGCUUGUGCUUCUCCCUGCCGGCCAUCAUCUUCACGAAGGUGAAGAACGACUCUUCCGAGGUCACUUGCAGCUACGAACCGGAAAACAAAGCCUGGAGGCUCUAUGACAUCAUCUUGAAGAAUGUCUUUGGCCUCGGGAUUCCACUGUUGGCGAUCAUAGUUUGCUUCUCCAGGAUCAUCCCCAAAUUGCUGAAGAUGAGGAGCGGCAAGAAGCACCGUGUAGUCAAGCUGAUCAUCUCCAUCGUGAUUGCCUUUUUCGUAUUCUGGGCACCAUAUAACAUUUCCAUUCUCUUACAGUUUCUGAAUAUGUUGACUGAUUGCAACUCUCUCCAAAGGCUUAAGCUGUCGAUAAUAGUGACCGAGACCAUUGCUUACUCUCACUGCUGCCUGAAUCCCAUCAUCUACGCCUUUGUGGGACAGAAGUUCAGGAGACAAGUAUUUCAGCUAUUGAGGAAAUAG